AAAUCCUCUACGUGUUCAUAAUAAUCCAACUAUGAUUAAUCUUAAAAAAAAAAAGACAAAGUCUUUAUCAAAGUAGUUCCGCUCUUAAGACGAGAUUAAUGCGUUGUUUUUAAAAGUGUAUAUUUCUGUUAGGGGGUUGCCUGUCUCUCCUACCACCUCUUUGACCUUUAAUGAUGGACUCAUAAGUUUGGUGCAAAGUGACCAAAGGAAGACAAAAAGAGUCGAUCUUUGGAGACUUUACUCUUUCUCUCUUUGGGAAACUUUGUCCUGGUUGCAGUGAAAGUGAGCAAAAACAAUGGGGGUUGUCUCAGAAGAAGCUAUUGAUGAAUUCCUGGAGCUCAUAAAUCAAGUUGAGGAGCCAUUGAAAAAAACAUUUGAGAGUGUCCAUCAAGGGUACCUGAGGGAGCAUUUGAGUCGUUUUCUGAAAGCACGAGAUUGGAACGUAAGCAAAGCUCAUUCAAUGCUGGUUGAGUGUUUGCGUUGGAGGGUGGAUAAUGAAAUUGACAGUAUCCUAUCAAAACCUAUUGUUCCUAGUGAGUUGUACAGGAACGUGCGGGAUUCUCAACUCAUAGGAAUGUCAGGUUACACUAGAGAGGGCUUACCUGUCUUUGCUAUUGGUGUUGGUCUCAGCACAUUCGACAAAGCUUCAGUUCACUACUAUGUUCAAUCUCACAUCCAAAUCAAUGAAUACAGAGACCGUGUAUUACUGCCUUCUAUGUCUAAGAAGAACGGACGGCCAAUCACCACCUGUGUUAAGGUUUUAGACAUGACAGGGUUAAAACUUUCGGCGUUGAGCCAAAUUAAGUUAGUGACUAUCAUAUCGACCAUAGAUGAUCUGAACUAUCCAGAGAAGACAAACACGUACUAUGUUGUGAACGCUCCAUAUAUAUUUUCUGCCUGUUGGAAGGUUGUAAAACCUCUUUUACAAGAGAGGACGAGGAAGAAAGUUCAUGUGUUAUCUGGUAGCGGAAGGGAUGAAUUAUUGAAGAUUAUGGACUUUACAUCCCUCCCACAUUUCUGUAGAAGAGGAAGCUCAGGGUCAUCUCACCACACUGAGAGUGUAGAUUGUUUUUCUUUUGAUCAUCCCUUUCAUCAACAGCUAUACAACUAUGUGAAGCACCAUUAUGAGACACAGGGUCAAGCAGAACCUGCAAAGCAAGGAUCAUUCCACGUGGGGUUCCCUGAGCCUGAAGCUGAGCGUGUGCAGAUAGCCAAAACUAUAGAGUCGGAACUGCACAAGUUUGAGAAUUGUAAUGGUCUAUCCAAGCCUGCUGAUAACAGAAAAGUCAGUCCAUGAAACACUGGAGGAUGAUGCUUCUGAAGGGAUUACCUUUCAGGUGAGCUAGCAAUUCAAAUGAGUGAGUUCGGAGCUUUCUCUCAUCUCCCUAGCCAUGCAAAUCUAUCUUAGACUGAAUGUCCUCCUGGCUUCAUGUAAAGUGUUAUUUGAUCCUAUGGAUAGACAUUUGUAGCAAAAUUUAUUUGUGUUUUUGUACAAUGUAAAACAGAGACUGAAGAAAUCCACUUCUCAACUCCCUAAGCAUCUGAGUGAGUGCUAGUCUAUGAUCUCAUUCUUUCAAAGAAUUGUGGGUAAAGGUAACACAUCACUGGCUUCAACAAUUCACCAUAUAGUGUACUAAUAUUAGUUUGAUUUCUAACACACUUUUAUUGGAUCUCUCUCAAGUACAAAGUUAAGCAGUCUCAUGAGAAUAUACUCACGCUUUGCGUUCUAUAACAACAUCUAUUGGCUUCACACUGCUGAAUACCCUAUUGUCUUCUCCGACAUGGCAACACGUCAACAAGUUGAAGACUAUUGUAUUGGGAAACAUUAAUCGACGUGUCCUCUCUUGUUUGUUUAAAGAGGGAGCUUACAUGAGCUCAAGAACAAUUGCUGAUGCUCCUCCUCAUCCGUUGCAUACUGAUGCCACUCCAUACUUUCCCUUUCUAUUGCUCUCAACACCUGCAUCAGAAGGAUUCAACCACAUCUUUUAGGGUGGAUUCAGUUCAGUUCAACACCAUUGUUGCCUUUUCUUAGGACUUACCCCGAGUAGUGUAACCAA